AAAUGAUCAACAAGCGAAUCGCGUAAAUUUUAGGACCAGUUUUUAUGGGAAAUAAAGCGUAAAAAUGAGUGAAAUAGCAAAAUUGAAGGCACAAAUAGUGUCGUGGUUCAAUAUUAGUGGUUUCCAGAUACGGAGUGAAGCCAGCAACUACCUCGCCGAACAGAUCGCCCCUCUCGGAGAAGCGGCCCGCAAACGAUGGCUGCAGGACAUCGCCAGUCACGUGCAAGGCCAAAAUCUGGACAUACCGGCCGUAGAGAAAAAGCACAUCGAACUGGCCAUCAAGGAAGCGAACAACACCGGCCUGGAGGACCACGAAACCAUCUUCAGCGUUAUCAAUGCAUUUGACGUGCCUCGGUUCCGUUACAACGAAGAAAAGAAGCAGUUCCUGGUGGACGCGGGCCGGAGGGGCUAUCUGCCGGGACCGAACGUCAAAGCGGAGUACAUUCGCGAGCGAUACCUGAUGCUGUGGCAGAAAACGUGCCGACACGAGAUGUUCAACACCAGCAAGGUUUCCACGAUCGGUGAUGUUAGGAAACUGGUCCUGAGGAAGAUCGAACUGCUGCUGUCGACUUCCAAGAUGAAGGAGGUGGUAGUACUCGGUCUGCUAACUCAGCUGACCGAAGGCAAGUUCUACCUGGAGGAUCCCACUGGCGUAGUCCCGAUCGACCUUAGCGAAACGGUCUUCUCAUCCGGAUUGUUCUGUGAGGGAUGUUUUGUCCUGGUUAGCGGGACCUAUAACGAUGGAACGCUCAAAAUAGACGAGCUGGGUUUCCCCGUAACGGAACUGGCAUCCAGCAGUCGAGCCUUCUUCGGUACGGUCAACACCUGGGGAGGUCGGUCCAAGAAUCUGCUCAAGUAUUCUAGAAAUUUAGCCGAAUUGGAGGCGAAUUCCGGUGAGGACAGCAUUGUGUUCUUGGCUGACUGCUGGUUGGAUAACCCGAUAGUGUUCGAGAAACUGACGCAACUGUUGGCCGGUUAUGAUCAAUUUCCACCCCGGGCCAUAGUGUUGAUGGGACCGUUCAGCAAGUCCAGUGAGAAUCCCUACACCUUGAAGCAACGAUUUCAGGCUUUGGGCGAGAUUCUAGCCUCCUACGAGUCACUCAAGAGAGAAACCGAUGUGGUCCUAGUGCCGUCCUCCGAAGAUCCCACUAUUGCCAAUAUCCUACCGCGGCCACCACUGCCAGAUCAUCUAACGGCUGACCUAAAGAAAUACUACCCACGGCUGAUCCUGGCAACCAAUCCAUGCAGGCUACAGUACUGUACCCAGCAGAUCGUAGUCUGCCGGUCGGAUCUGGUGACGAAACUCUGUCGUAACACCAUACACUUUCCCAAGAGCGGUCAACUGGCGGAUCACUUCGCUCGGACUCUCAUCAGCCAGGGAACGCUCGCACCGCUCACCCCCAUAGCAUGCCCAGUGCACUGGAACUACGAUGCGGCGCUGUCCCUGUACCCCCUGCCGGAUCUGAUCGUCAUCGGCGAUGCCUGCCAGGGUUUCCAAACGACCGAACAGGGCUGUACGGUGCUGAACACCGGAUCCUUUCCCAAGUCCAAGUUUGGCUUCAAGGUGUACAUACCGUCGACGCGGGUCGUGGAGGAUUCGCAGAUUCCGGAAUUGUAGGAAAGGGAGGCGAUUGUUGGACACAGGAAUCGCUCUGCGUUAUAAUAAUAAAGUACAUAACAAUA